AUGAGCUGGCAAGAUUAUGUUGACAAACAGUUAAUUGCAUCCAGAUGUGUUUCAAAGGCUGCAAUUACCGGUCACGACGGAAAUGUCUGGGCCAAGUCUGAAGGCUUUGAUAUUUCAAAAGACGAAGUUGCAAAAAUCGCAGCCGGUUACGAAAAUGAAUCACUCCUUACAAGUGGCGGCGUGACGAUAGCGGGUACGCGGUACAUCUACCUCAGUGGCACAGACCGUAUCAUACGCGCAAAGCUUGGCAAGGUCGGAGUGCACUGCAUGAAGACACAGCAAGCAAUCGUUAUAUCUCUCUAUGAAGAACCCAUUCAACCCCAACAAGCUGCAUCUGUAGUCGAGAAGUUAGGAGACUAUUUACUUACCUGUGGUUAUUAA